AUGGUCCGGAAAUGUGAUGCUAGCUGACUUGACGGUUCUUCACUUCAACAAACUCCUGCUGCUAACCAGCAACGAUUUCUUCUUGUUGAAGAGCAGCAUUAAACUCUUUGUUUAGGCAGUGCCGCUGGAAGAUAUAUUGUAACAUUUUAUACAGGUCCUUGUUGUUUUUUUUUGGUCCGCCAUGCUCAAGUUGUGUCUGCACCGAGCUCUCGGCUCUAAGUUACCGGCGGCAUCGUUGGGCGCGACGGCACCGAGGCUGCCGGGAGGAAGGCGACACACUCCCCGUCGUCUAAUGGGAACUCACGGCAGGAACGAGCCGAGGGAGCCGCUGAACUCCCCCAAGAGAGCCAAGGAGUUUAUCUACCGCCUCCAGGCCAGGGAGAGGACAUGUUUGCUGAAGGAGCUUCAAAACUUUGAGUCCAUCGCCAUUGCUCAAGAGACUCUGGAGACUUCGCCCCCCACCGCAGCCCAGAUCCGAUAUAUCAUAUUCCACAAUGCCGUUCCCUUCGUCGGCUUCGGUUUCCUGGACAACGCCAUCAUGAUCUCAGCCGGAACGCAGAUUGAGCUUUCGAUCGGAGUCACGCUGGGAAUUUCCACCAUGGCUGCCGCCGCCCUGGGGAACCUGGUGUCGGACCUGGCGGGUCUCGGCCUAGCAGGUUACGUGGAGGCCCUGGCGUCCAAACUGGGCAUGCAGGUCCCGGACCUGACCCCCAAACAGGCGGACAUGUGGCAGACUAGGGUCAGCUCGCACUCGGGUAAAGCCAUCGGCGUCUUCAUCGGCUGCAUUUUGGGAAUGUUCCCCCUCUUAUUCAUCGGCGAUGACGAGGAAAAGGCGGCGCACCCCGCUAGCUCGGCAUCGCGCUCCUAAUGGGCGGCCAUAACACACACUGGACACACUGAUGUCUUCUCAUGGCCAGGCAGUGACCUCACUUCCUGCCUCACGUCACUUUUGCUGGACAGAUAUUUUGACGGCAGAGUGAUGACUUCCUGUCCGACACUACCAGCCCCUUUUUUUGAAAUGACUGUUUACUAACACAAGCAACGCUAACUGCUAGCUAACGGCUACCUAACGGCUACCUCCAAGUUGGCAUGCGGUGCGCAUGUAUUUAACUAUUUUUUUUGGGGGGGGGGGGCAUUUGUGAACGUCUUAAAAUGGUUUGCCCACCAAGCGGUCCAGUUCUGCCGAAGGUUCGGAAGUAGCGGUGCAUGAUAUCCUUUUUUUCUAACCGAUACCGCUUUCUGCUUCUCAAGGCAGACGCUAUGAUGCAGAUAACCGAUUAUCUCCUUUUUUUAAAACGUCGAUUUAGCUAGUUUAAUCACACCUGGAGAUAAGAAAGACUGGAACAAAAGUACAAUUUGACUAACUAUACCUGUUGAUUUGUCCAAAUCAAAUAUAACGUAACUACUACUACAACACUACUAGCAGUAGAACCAGAGAAUAGAGCGACAAUCCUCGAACCCUCGACUCUACUGUAUUUCCCCUCUUUUUCUUUCACCUCGUAUUUAUCCCGACUGCUGAUACUAUGUGGGAUUGCAUAAAGGUCAGAUUUGAUGACGUUAUGAAUAUUUAUUGAGUGCUAAUGUAAAUAUUUGUCCGAAGGAGUUACUUCAUGCGCACACAUGCUAGCCACAUCAAACAUUCAUUCAUUUUCUACCGCUUAUCCUCACAAGGGUCGCGGGAGGUCCUGGAGCCUAUCCCAGCUGUCUUGGGGCGAGAGGCGGGGUCCACCCUGGACUGGUGGCCAGCCAAUCACAGGGCACAUAUAGACAAACAACCAUUCACACUCACAUUCAUACCUAUGGACAAUUUGGAGUGGCCAAUUAACCUAGCAUGUUUUUGGAAUGUGGGAGGAAACCGGAGUACCCGGAGAAAACGUCACCAGGAAAGAUCUCACCAGGCUAAAAUGUGACAAAAAAAAUCACACUAUAAAUAAAAAAUAAUGGAUGCCAAUGAACUGGAUGAUUUUGCCGGCCUCCAUAUAUCGCCACGUGCAUGCAUGGAUGAUGCAGACUUGAGGAUUUGUCCUGACUGACCUUGUGGGUCUCACAGAACCACACAGUGAUGUCAUUGGACCUUUGCCUCAUGUCUGCUCCUCAUCCUCCUGACUCCGCUUUUUCUCAUGUUUUAACUGUGUAUUAACAAAUGAAUGUUGUAGUUUAAUGUAUCUUUUACUCUCUUUACUUGCCUUUUAUUCAACUCCAUUCUUCUGUAAAGUGUCUUUGAGUAUUUUGAAAAGCGCUAUAUUAUUAUUAGGUUAGCGCAGGGGUCUCAAACUCAAUU